GCCACACACAAUUUGCGGGAGAUCAAGAGAGUCGCUGCCGAUGGUGUUGAAUACCAGGUCUUGCAGCUUGUUGACCGUGGUGAGCAGAUCUUCGCCGAGGGCGGCCAUUGCAGCGGCGUCUUGGGAGCCUUUCUUGUUUUUUUCUCUCUCGCUUCGCUUCGGGUGCAGCGCAGUCAGGCGACUCAAUUAGAUGAGGCUACCAGGAUGAUACAGCAGCACUGAUGCCUCCAGCCAAGGGAUAUACGCACGCACAGGCAAUGCGACGACUUGCGCUGUGUUUUUUUCCUGGCUAUCAAUUGAGAGAAGCAAAUGGCUUCUCGGGUCAGUCUGGCAGCGAACCAAGGCACUACGUAUUAGAUUCACGUGUAAGGAGGUGGGUCUCGUUAAUGGCUUGCCGCAGAACAGGGAGCAACGCCACAGGUACCAGGUACGCCGCAAGCGUAUGCACAUCAGCGUCUAGAAGGCAGUACACAGAACCUCAAACAGCGCCUCCCUUCGGCCAGACGCCCUAGCAGAUGGCGAUAACAAAGAGCCAUUUGAACGAC